AUAAGGCUUUAAUCGUAGUGCCGAUAGCUUUUGUUAUAGGUCGAAUGUCGAUUUAAAUCUUAAAUUUUUCGCACUUAAAUCAGUUUAUGCAGUUUUUAAAGAGUGCAUUUAAUUUAACAAGCAAUAUUUUUAUUCGUUGCGCACAUUUGAAUAGCAAUUAAAUUUGUAAUUUUCGCAUAACCGAUUGUUUUGUGAGCAAAUUGUAAAAUUCAAGAAGACAUUGCUUAAGUUACAACCAUGAUUUUGUGUUUGUUAUUAGUAACAUUUGUGACAGCUGUAUCAGCAAAGUCUCUACCUUCUGAAAUUAAUCCACCAACAUUCGAAUAUCUUAAUUCAAUUUGUGGCCAAGAAAAUUCAAAUAACGACAUAAAUCAAUUCCCAUGGGCAGUUUCAAUUUUGAAAAAAGAUAAUGCAGGCAAUCUUCAGUUUAGUUGUGGAGGAAGUCUUAUUUCAACGAGGACAGUAGUUACUUCCGCUCAUUGCUUUAAUGACUAUUCUGAGCCUGGAGUUAUAAGACCGGAAAAUUUUCUGGCAUCCUUGGGUGGACACAACACUUCAACAAGUUGGAUAGAUGCUGUAAAUAAGAAUAUCGAAAAAAUCAUCAUUCGUCCAGGCUAUAAUCCCGAAACACUUGGUUUUGAUUCGGACCUGGCCCUAGUUCAGCUAAAACAACCAAUAAUCUUCACAGAAUCCAUUAAACCAAUUUGUAUUGGACAAGAAGUAAUCGAUGAUGAUGCAACUGGAAAAAUUCCAGGAUGGAAUGGACGAAGACGUCAAAUGGAAACAACAACUCCAACACUGAUCAAUGCAAGAGUUGUUUCAGCAACAACAUGUUUAAGAUCGCAUAAUUUUUUCAGUGAGAUUAUGUCCAAUCAAACUAUUUGUGUUGAACUUUUAGAUAGAAAUACUGAAUGUAUGAUUAACUCGGGUAAUGGGCUUAUGAUUAAAAAAGAAAACAAAUGGAUGCUGAAAGGUGUGGUAGCUGGUACUGUAAGUGACCCUAAAAGCGAGUGUGGAGGAAACAAGUACUUUGUUUCGCUGGAAAUUUCAAAAUUUUACGAUUGGAUUCGAUCAAAUAUGCUAUUGUAAUAAAAAAAAUUAAUUCGUCAGUCUUACAUCACCUAAAAAUUUAUGUAAAAAAAAUAAAAUCGAAUUGAGCUCCAAAACAA